AUGGCAACUUCAUUGCCUUUCUUGCUUAUUUUCAUGCUUGCAUUUUCAGCCAAAACAAAAGCUACUUCUUCGGUAGCUAAAGACCAAGUUCAAUGCACAAUGUGUGUUGAGUGCGAGAAUCCAUGUCAACCUCUACCACCUCCACCUCUGAUCGAGUGUCCACCCCCACCAGCACCAGCACCGCCGUCACCACCUCCACCAUCUCCUCCACUUCCACCAGCUAUCGUCGAUUGUCCGCCACCGCCGCCGCCAAAGUUACCGUGUCCAAAUAAUUGUGAAUUUCCACCCCCACCACCACAAUAUUCAUAUUUUUCACCCGGGACACCAUUUACAUACUAUGUACCACCAGAUUAUGAGGACAAGAAUAGCGGUGAAAUGAUGAUGCCAUUUCAAGCAAUACUCUUCUUGAAUCCGAAUUCAAAUUCUGUGUACUCCAUGAUUCAUCGGUGCUUGGUUUAUGUGCUCUUUCUUUGCCUUCAUUAUUGUUUUGUUGUUUAG